AUGAUCAAUCGUCCAUUGGAAUACAGCCUACGCCUAUUCGGUGUCUGGCCAGAUUCUUCCUAUCAGACAUUGAAAACCAUCGUUUGGGCUAUAAUAAUGUUAACGUUUCUAGUAUUUCAAUAUUGGUUUUGCAUCACGCACAUUAUGUCGAGUUUAACCGAAUUACUAGAUGGAUUGAGCUAUGCAUUAUCUAAUUUGCUCGUGUUCCUCAAGUUGAUUGUCAUUUGGCUCCAUAAGCGAAUGUUUUACGAAAUCCUGGCAACCAUGUUCGAAGACUGGAAUAACGAUAAUUCUACCAUUGAAAAUAAGCGAAUAAUUGUGGAUAAGGUUAUGCUGUCCUCUCGCAUUACGAAUUUCUUAAUCGGUUAUUUCGGGAUCACAUUCCUUCUAUAUACAGGGCUCGCUUUAGCACAAUUAGACGAAGAUCAGGAUUCUUCAGAGCCAAAACGAAGGAUGUUUUUGAUUAGAAUGGAAUUUCCAUUUUCUGCCACUGACUCACCGUGUUAUGAAAUUAUUCUAGCUGUACAGUUUAUACUCGAAUCUUUUAUUGUUUACGGGGCGGCCACGUCGAUAGCACUGAUCGCAGCAUUAAUGUUACACGUUGGCAGUCAGAUCGACUUAUUGUGCCAAAAAUUAUCACAAAUUUCUCAUAAUUCCGGGAAGAGGUCGCAACGGGCACUAAUGUUCGACGUCGUCAUAAGGCAUCAAAGAAUUAUUCAACUGUCAAAGAAUAUUGAAACAAUUUUCACUUUCAUAUCUCUGUGUCAGUUCUUAUCAAAUAUGUUGGUAAUCUGUUUCAUAAGCUUCAUUCUGGUAGUCUCCAUACACAUGGAGCAAACAACUGUACUAAUAAUGAAAUGCUUGCCGUACUAUAUUGCUAUCAAUUGCGAAGCAUUUAUUUUAUGCUAUACUGGUGAAUAUCUUACUUCCAAGAGCGAGACCAUUACUAAAUCCGUGUAUAAUAUUCUUUGGUACGACUUGAAACAUCAAGAUGCUCGAAUUAUAUUGUUGAUGAUGUUACGAUCUCAAAAACCAUUGACACUUACUGCUGGAAAGUUCGUACGCCUUUCCCUGGAAGCAUUUACCAAUAUGUUGAGAGCUUCUGCUUCGUAUGUGUCCGUUUUGUACGCAAUAAAGUUUUUCGAUAUUCUGAUGACUCUGUUCGAAGAUUGGAAUAAUGGUAAUAAUUCUACCAGUGAGGAUAAACGAAUAAUAUCUGAUAGCAGCACAUUAUGUUCUCGCAUUUCGAAUUUUUUAAUCGGUUAUUAUAUGAGCGAGACCAUUACUAAAUCCGUGUAUAAUAUUCUCUGGUACAAUUUGGGACCUCAAGAUGCUCGUGUUAUAAUAUUAAUCUUAUUGCGGUCUCAAAAGCUGUUGACACUUACAGCUGGCAAGUUCGUAAGUCUUUCCCUGGAAGUAUUUACCAAUGUAAGAAGAUUAAUUUUAUGUGUGAUGAGGAAAUCUUUGAAGCACUGA